GGAAACAAAAAACACUCUCAGCGCCAAAAAUGCUCUUCCCCCUUUUCAUCUUCGCCGUGCCGGAAACCUCUUCGUCCACUCUCUUCCACCGGAACCCCAACAUGAUGUCGCCGCCUCCGACGAGGCUCAUACACUCUGGAUGGACCAGAACUGUCUCUACCAAUGUUUUGUUCAUACCGAUACCGGCGAGUGCAGGCGAAAAAUCCAGGGCGUCGCUGCUUCGUGCAAGAAUCUGAGAAAUGGCAGGCCUUGUGUAAUCAGAUUUUGCCGUUUAUGCCUUUCAAACAGAUAUGGGGAGGAAGCACAACAGGUGGUUCUGUUAGAUGACUGGAGUUGCCCAAAGUGCCGGGGCAAAUGCAACUGUAGCACAUGCAUGAAAAUAAAAGGUACGAAGCCUAGCAGAGGAUGAGGACCUUUGUCUAGGAUGCUAUUGACGCAGCGUUCGAUGCUAGAGGACUCUGAGUCGGGCGGGUGAGAGUUGUGUCUGUAUUUUGGGGAUUGGGAGCUCGUGUUCCUUUUUUCUUUUCUAGGGCUUGGUACCUUCCUAAAGUCCAUCGUGUGUUGUGGGCUCAGAAAAGGAUCUUAACAUGGAGGAAGGGGAAGCAGAGACUAUUCUGCGAGAACUAGUUCGCAAACAAAACUUGCGCAGUGAAGAGAACACCUUAGCUGUUGAGUUCCAGACUAGACUUUUGACCCUGCUCCGCACCGCUUCAGGACAUAAGUCUCCAUCCUUAGCUACAGCAGAUGGGAACUGUUCAUGGUUGAAAGCUCUAGGGGAUUUAGCUUUACAAUCUCCUCUUGUGCUAAAGGAUUUCCCUGUAGAAAUGCUCAAUGAAGGCCUCUCUGGGUGUUGUAACUUGAGUUUGUGUGACAAGCUUAGACUCCUGACUUUCAUCUGUGAUGAAGUUCUUAACUCAGAGAAAGUGAGGAGUUACAUUGAAAAGGAAAAUUCAAAAAUUGAGAAGCAGUGGAAAGAAGCCAAAGCUGAAUUUGCGGCUGCGAAGGAAAAGGUGAAAAGCUUGAAACAGAAGUUGCUGGAAGAGACAGCCAAAACUGUUCAUUCAAGUGGGGAUCCUGGGUCAUCGACAGAGCAAGAUGCUGUUGUCCUGAAGUUAACAACUGAAGUUGCUCAAGCUCACAGUGUGAUGCUCGAGGCUAAGGGCAGGAUUCCUAAAAGGAAAAUUUAUGAUGCUACGAGGAAUUAGCCUCAGUUUGUGGAUGGUAGUGGUAAGGUAUUUUGGAAAUUGAAAUGUUUUGAAGCAGGUUUUCUAAUUCAUGGCACAACAUGCAGACAUCAAAGUACAAGAAGGGGAUGGUACUGCAUUUGAUGAAAGAUGGUCUGUUUAUGGUCCUGAGAAGAAGAAUGAGAUUGAUAAGUAUAUUUCUUCAAGACGCAGGUGGAAGUGGCACUGGCAGCUGCUGAUGGUGAUCUUAACGUGGCAGUGGAAAUACUCAUGAGCCAGCAGAAUUGCAGGGUUGAAACAUGAAAGCUUCUCUUGAAAAAUUCUCUGCACUUUGUUCAAUCACUGUCUUUGUGUUUCAUAUCGCACCAUACCACUAACAGUUCGGUGACACCAAAUAGCCUGUCUUUGAAUAUGAUGUUUAACUGAAGAAAUUAUGGCAGAGGGGGUUUAAGCCAAAAUGUGAGCAUUCUGUUCCUCUUCAAUUUGUUUAUAUGUAAACUAUAGAUAGAGUAAGACCUUUAAUUCUAGGGACGGUACAUAAGAAAUUAGAUUCAUUUUUCUUCAUCAUUAGAACGCUUGCCGCUCGCAGAAAGACACAGCAAAUGGGGUUACAAGUUACUCCGUACAACUUAAAAGUUGCCUAUGGACUAGAAUGAUUAUUGUUUUUUGGGAUUAUUGAGAGGACUCCAUACUAAAGAUUUGCGAUGCAGUGCAAGGACAGUUGGAUGCCUCGCCACCCGGGAAUCUGCAUGCAUUAGACUGCCGGCAAACUUACUGCUUUUCCUCAUCAAAGUUGGUGAGGUCUCCACUGAUGCUGUUGCUGGGGCAAACAAGCUUGAAUAUCGAGGCUUCCUCUGGUUCCUUAUCAUUGACUGCUGAAUGCCACUCCCACCAAUGGCCUGAGAGGCAGAGGAACGGAGAGGACUUGCCACGUCAAACGUUGUGGCAGAAUGGAGUGUAGCUAUGGAAAUUCGCCUUCGAGGCUGAAGAAGGACUUUGGAUGGUGCUGGUGCUGGUGCUGGUGCUGGUGCUGGUCUUUUAGCAAUGGAAACCCUUCUUCUUGGUUUUGUUAUGACUUCUGUACUUGUCCUCAUUGGGAUUGGGUUUAAUUUGGGAUUGAGUAAUUAAAAAACAAUUUCUGAUUAAAUAAUUGAGUUGGAAUUAAAAAUAAUUUUUUUAAUUUUUUUUAGGCUUAAUACAUCAGAAGGCCCCUGAAAUUGUAAAGAGAAUCAGUUCGAGGGCCUGAAAAGAUUUCGCAUCAAAUUGGGUCCCUAAGAAAAAAAAAAUUAAUUCAAUUAAGGUCAAAUGCUGCCAGACCUUAAUUUUGUCCUAGUCAUCAAUUACACGUGGCUUUUAUAAGUUGUUUUUAAUUAAACAUUUAUUUUUUAAUUCCAACUCAUUUUUUAAUCAGAAAAAAAUUAAAAAACUUAAUAAAAUCAUAAUCUCCUAACCUAAUCUAAAAAAAUAAAACCCCAAUUUUGAAAAAAUAAAAAAAUAAAAACAAAAUUGACAUUGGAAUUGUCUUCCCCUCCGUUCCUAAUUAUAAGACCUAGUUUCAAAAUUUUCAUGUUCCUAAAUAUAAGACCUCUUACAAAAAUCUAGCAAAAAGUUUUGUACUCUUCCUUAUUCACCUCUCACAUUAAUUGUAUGUUUUCAAUUCCAAAGUUACCACCUACCAUUAGUUACUACUAUUCCAACUAACUAUGAAUGCAAUGAUUAUUAGUGAGAGAAAAUGACAAAGGGUAAAUAGGGAAGAAUGUAUGCAUUUUUAAAAAACCAAUACACUAAUUAGUCACAUUAAGUGCUUUCUUAAUAAGCGCAAUUUUUUGGAAUAGGUCUU